AGCCACGUGACUUUCGGCGCUGCCUGUCAGGGGCUUUGCAGCAGCAGGACGAAUGACGGCCGAGUUGGAGGAAGUUACUAGGAGCAGCUCUGCUAGUAUGUAAUCCUACAGGCGUUGGGUACACUAUUGCAGCGAAGGGAGAGGAAGGCAGCAGCAUUCAUGGAUAUUGUGGACAUUAACCAUUUAAUACCCAGUGACCAGUUGGACGACUCUCUGAUAGCAGGUCAAAAUUUGGAAUGUGAUGCCAGUAAUGAGCUUGGGACAGGAGUCCGACUGGAAGAUUCCCUGAAGAACAUGCUCAGUGACAAAGACCCCAUGUUUGGAUGUGCAAGCUCUCAGUUCAAUCUGCUGGACAAUGAGGAGUCCACUUUUCAGAUUGCUGGCUCAACAGGUCCCGCUGAUGGUACAGUAUCGACAGGCCCCAGCAGUGAACUAAAAGUUGGAGAGAUUACACAAGCCAAGUCACCUGUUGCCAGGGAGAAGAAAGGUCCAUGUAAUUUGGAAUACGAAUGUAGCAGUGGUCCACAACCUGCCAACACAUCCACCAAAACCAUGCUCCGAGUAAGAGUUGGGAGGAAACCAGCAAACAGGCUGCAGAAGUCAUUUCUAAUUGAGAAAGGAGUUAAAGGCUCUGAACUAAAGAGAGAAUUAACUUUGGGAGGGCGUGUUGAUGUGAACUAUCUCGAAGGUGGAUCAUGGCUGAAUCCGUCUGUUGUUUUGAGACGAUUGACAGUGACAAUCGCAGGAUUCAGGAUUGAACUCCUUCCUGGACCCUCUUACACACACAACGUCGAAGCGAGCCAGUCUGAAUGUCUUGCUGUUGGUUUUUCAUAUGCCGUGGUGCCAGAUAAGGAUGCCAAUGUACAGAACCCCACACCUGAAAAUGUGGCAGCGAUGGAUGUAGCGGAGAAGGGCUCUGCCGAUGAUGGAGCUCUUGGGCUGGGCCCGUAUGUGAAUCCUAACGACGUGCAGACCUCCAACGGGACUUCAACGGGGAGUGCCUACACGCAGGAGACACAUCUCGACAAUCAGAGUAUGUCUGCAAAACAAAAGGCCGACAGUGAAGGAAAACACGACAUCAAAGACCCGCAAAACAUUGAGAGUAACACUGUUGGCAAUAAGACUGAUAAGGAAAAAGAACAGGUUGUGGCCCAGAUACUGUUAAAGUCAAAACAAGGAUUGGCCGCCAACAAGAAUAAGGACUUGGUUUCAGGUAAACCGGACAACAUGAUGAAGGGCCACAAAGUGCCCCAAAACACGCCAUCCAAAAUCCAAAGAGGAGACCUGCACAAACUCAAAUCUCCAAAGGACAAAAAAGACAUUUCACUUUUGAAAAGGCCCGCAGAAAACCCCCGGAGUGAGCAUGCUACUAAAAUGCAGAAGACACAGGAAACGGGAGAAAGCAAAGCGAAGCCCAAAUCGCAAAGUACACCGAGCUCUGUAGUUAAGAAGAGCCCUUCAUCUGGCAACCGUAAUGAUCAGCAGGGACCAGCUAAGCACACUCAUUCUCCCAGUAUCUGCAAAGUGGAGACCGCCAACCUGAUGCAUGGUCGCCCAGGCCCUUCUUUGAAAGUGGGAGAGGAAGGUCAGGAAAAGCCCAAACUGAAGAAGCCAGAAAAGAUCCUUCAAAGACCGAAAAGUAAAAGCGCCAGAAGUGUCUCCGUGGACGAGCCGCAGCUGUUUAUUCCGGACAACGCUCCUGUUGUGAAGAAGGAGGCUGUGGAGGAGCAGCCAACCAACAGCGAGACAGUGUGGGAUGGAAACAACUGUUGUGGUCUUUGCAAAAAACACCACAAUAACAUGUUCAUGGUGGGCUGUGGCCGCUGUGAAGACUGGUUCCACGGCGACUGCGUUGGUCUUGACCUGACGAAAGUCCGUGAAAUGGAGGAGGAGGACCAGAUGUACGUGUGCUUGAAGUGCUGUGAGGAGGAAAGCAAAAAGGUGGAGUCGGAGCACCCAGCUGCAGCCAAACCAGAAGUACAAGCUAAGAUGGAAGUGCAGGACCUUAAGCUGCCUACCAAGGCCCAACCGGGACCCUCGCAGAAACUUCCAUCAGGGGGAGUCAGACCAGAUCCUGACAGAAAGCCGUCCACAGAUGUCCGAGAAGCAGCUCAUAAAACAGGUGUUCAUCUGAAACUAGAGACAAAAAGCAAGGCUUCAAAGAAGCCUGUGUCUGUGGAGGCAAUUAGGCGAAGUGUGCGUGAUUCUCUGAAAGAAAUACUCAUACAGAGGUUGAAGGAUUCCCAUUUGAACGUGUCAGUGGAGAGGGCCUCUGAAGUGGCCAAGAAGACUGAGAAAGAGCUGUUUAACUUGUAUAAAGACACUGACAACAAAUACAAGAACAAGUACAGAAGUUUAAUGUUCAACCUCAAAGAUACUAAAAACAAUGUCCUUUUUAAGAGGGUUCUUAAAGGAGAAAUUUCUCCUGGUAACCUGAUUCGAAUGAGCCCCGAGGAACUGGCCUCCAAGGAAUUAGCUGCUUGGCGACAGAGGGAAAACAGACAUACCAUUGAGAUGAUUGAAAAAGAGCAAAGAGAGGCAGAGAGGAGGCCAAUUACUAAGAUCACACACAAAGGUGAAAUUGAAAUUGAGAGCCAAGAACCAUUGAAGGCACCUGAGCCUGCAGAGCUUGAGCCUCCUCUUAAAGUAACAGAAGACUCUGUGGAACCGCCGAAUCCCACCAAGAAGAGAGUUUCGAGUGUGAGAGAUGCAGGGAAAGACACCACCAGCCAACACAAAUCUCACCUAUUUGACCUAAACUGCAAAAUCUGCACAGGUCGUAUGGCGCCCCCCGUGGAGGAGGCACCAACCAAAGUGGUCAAAGUUGCCACUACAGUAGUUAGGAGGCAAUCAACCAAAGCAGAAGAGACCAAGAGCACAGCAACGCCUGCAGCUGAUGACGAUCUGCACCUCACGGUUUUAGAGGAGAGCUUCCGACAUGCUCAGUCCGGCUACGAAGGACGGUCGGAUCAUAAAGCUGGAAGAGAUGAAGAGGCCGCCUUCCUAUCCAACCUGGACUCCUUGUGGCAAGGACUGAUUCACAUGCACUCUGUGGCAAAGUUUAUGACCAAAGCUUUCCCGGUCUCAGGCACUUUGGACAACUUGACUGAGGACCUUCCAGACAGUUUUCAAAUUGGCGGAAGGAUAAGUCCACAGACUGUGUGGGACUACUUGGAGAAGAUUCGAGCUACUGGAACCAAAGAGGUGUCCCUAAUUCGCUUCAGCCCUGAGACUGAGGAAGAUGAGAUAUCCUAUACUCUUCUGUAUGCCUACUUCAGCAGUCGUAGACGUUUCGGGGUUGUGUCCAAUAACCUGAAGCAAGUGAAGGACAUGUAUCUCAUUCCUUUGGGUGCCACGGAAAAAGUUCCACAUCAGCUUGCUCCCUUUGACGGGCCAGGUUUAGAAAACAACCGUGCCAAUCUUCUUCUUGGACUCAUAAUUCGCCAGCGAUCCAAAAGGGAUUUUCUUCCCAUGGACAUGAAUGAAACUGCCAGGAUUAUUCCAGAAAUCAAGCCCAUCACCAUUUCCACGAAAGAAACGCGAGCAAAAGAGGAGGAGGAGAAAAAAUUCCUCUCUUCUUUGACUAUUACACACAAAAAGGAGAAAGAUAAACCACUUAACGCUACCGAAGAGGUUGUUGAGCCAAUUUCAGAGUCUCUGGAGGAAUCAUCUACACCAGGAGAGGAGACCAACAGCCAGGAAUCCCAAAAACCACUGCGUUUUCUUCCAGGUGUGUUAUUAGGCUGGGGUGGGGAAUUGCCACCUCUGCCAGAUGUGGGACUUAAACAUCCAACAACAGGGGAUGGAACCCUGAAGACCCAUCAAGCUCCGAAAACGGAGGGCUCCAAAAGUCCAAUAGCUGCUGCACCACGAGAACGCUUUGUCAUCAAGAAGAAAGAAGCUAAAUCUGUUAAAGCUGAACCAGAAGCAUCGUGUCCGACUGAUACAUCUGCUGCCAACAACUCCCCAGGAAAGGAAGUGGCGGUGGUGACCCGUAGUGCACCAGUCUCUCUGAGAGAUAAGCCUCCAGAUGUAACGACUGAGGCCUUCCUGACCAGCUUGUCAGCACCUCAAACAGGGACUGAAACUAGCGCUGCCGCUGCAAACAAGGGCAAUUCUGCUCCUUUGUCUGACAGUGAAAAAGCACCGUCUGAAGGGAAUUCUCUGCCGCAGUCCAAACCCCAGGCGGCUCCGGCUCAAACUAACAGCUCCAAACCUCCUUUGAGUGGAAUAUUGAAAAAGUCUUCAGCAUAUUCCGGUGUGAAUGUAGAUAAAACAACUGCACUACAAAAGGACAAAGCCAGCCCCCUGGUUCCAAGUCCCAAACGUGCUCCUGUGUUGAGCAUCACUAGAAAUGAUUCAGUUACACUAUUCCACCAAGGAUAUUUACAGGUUGCUCAGGCCAGGAACAAACCCGAGGAAGAAAAGCAAAAAAAGGAGGACCCUGGCACGUCCCAGGCUGGUGCUACAGUAACUCAGACAGUGCAUCCCCGUCCGGUGCAAGAACCACAAGCCGCGGAGGCCCAACGCCACUCAGCAAUGGCACAAGCUUUCCCAGCAUACAACAGGGCUUCACCGAGCCCAUCGCAGCAGCAGCAACAACAGCAGACCCAGGGACCCGGUAGCGUUGAAUACCUAGCUGGCCCGCCGACCCAGGAUCAGAACCACAGUGCACCACGGGCUCAGGAUGGCAGCGAGGGCUACGCCCAACAUACCCCGCCGGCCAAGGACGAGCGUCCGGAGGAGCGGUACAGUGACCCGUGGGAGAGGCAGCGCUCCGCGGAGGACAGAGACCACCACGGGAGGCAGGGCCCACACCGGGACACUCAUCACGGGAAGAAGGGCAGACACCACGACCGCGAGCGGGAGAAGAAGGGCGAGCGCAGCCACGAGAGGGAGAGGAGCCGCCACCGCGCACACUCUGAGGACCGCUACGGCGAGAAGCGAAAAGACAGGUACCAUAGCGACGAUCACCGUCAAAAGGACAGACACCGACACAGACGGGACUCCGAUUAUGAGAAUGGACGGAGAAGUUCAAAAGACAGUUAAUCAUGCUUUUGGGAUACAAAGAAAGAUGUGGCUGGUUCGAACUACGUUGGCUGUAAUGCCUCAGUGGAGUUGUUUCAUCACACAACUAUCUGCAGCUCUUAUCGCAUUUCUUUCAUAGAAGUUCCAUUUUAUGUUAUUGACAGUGCAGCCAAAGUGAAAUAAUUUCAGCGGUUGUAAGAUAUUUAUGAAUGACCUACAGAGCCAACAGGAUCUGUAUGUCGGAACAACUAACCUUUUAACCUUUUUAUUGUAAAUAUCUAAUUCACAUCGAGCUGUUGUUGACUACAAAUGACCAUUUCCUGUUUCAGUUGUUUUCUCCAAAUGAGUUUUGACCAUUUGGUGAAAAGUUGAAGAUGGCACUAAGGAAACUGAUCCAAACAGCAGCUGUGCUAUUUCUCCCCUACUCAAUUUUUUUUAAAUUGCUAAACUAUUUUAAAAAACUUUUAAGUAUAUACAUUUUGGCUUGUAAUAUACGUUAGAGAUAAGUGUGCCUUUGCACUGUGUUUAUGUACAGUUGGUAAUAAAGCUAAUCUUUUUUAUUGA